UUUCAUUUGAGUGGUUGCCGUUCAGCGGCAGCCUGCGCCCUGUCCCACCUGCCGGCCCAGUCCUAACUCCUACUGUGAAGUUCGCCUCCGGGCCGUUGCCAGCAUCCCCCGGCGCUAUCCCCGACGCGUGCCACCCCAAUCCAGAUUCCUCCAAUACAUAGAUGCAUCCCACUCCCGACCUUUCGCAUUUGACCACACAAGACUUCCAGCAUGUCUACGAACCAGCAGAAGACACGUUCAUCCUUCUCGACGCGCUAGAGGCUGAUGCUCAGCGUCUGGUCAGCUUCCGACCGUUCAUCUGUCUUGAGAUUGGAUCUGGUAGCGGCUGCGUUUCAGUGUUUAUUCAGCAACUUCUUCGCUCGAUCUCAACCCUUCAUUUUUGCACCGAUAUCAAUCAACUUGCGUUAAAGGCAACGGCUUCCACGUUCAGCCAGAACGCACUUCCGCAACCAAACGUGAUUCAAACUUCGCUUGUAGAAUGCCUAAGACUCGAUCAAACCAUCGAACUUUUGCUGUUCAAUCCGCCUUAUGUUGAGACCGAAGAUGAGGAAUACGAGGUCGCUCGAGGGAAUCAUACAAUCUCAGCGAGCUGGGCAGGUGGAAGUGACGGGAUGAAGCUUACUAACCAACUCCUAGGGAACCUCGACCGUAUAUUACACCCUCAGCGAGGAAUCUUGUAUAUUGUGGCCAUCAAGGAGAACAAGCCCGAUGAGAUCGUCAAACGAAUGGAAGACGCUGGCUUUGUAGCAGUGAUUGUAAUGAAGCGUCGAGCUGGUCGCGAACACUUACACGUCUUAAGAAUCUCCCGUCCGAGUGCUCAUGCGAUUCUCAUGGGUAACUGAACAGUAUGAAACUACCAUGACAAAUUCUACGCUACAUACUUUCAAGUCUUAGUAAACUCAUAACAUAUCAACAUCAACGCGAUUUCCCCAGAUUUUUCAAGAACGUCGAAUAGUGACCCAAUAUUUGAAAGACUCCUGCUUGCACAAAUCUCAUAGAUAUGUACUAUCGCUAGAUUUAGUGUAAUGGCGUUCAAAAGUAUCCACGUUAGACCCAGGGUUUAUAAUUGAUGCAUGAAAUCAUAACACAUGGUGGUU